GCGUGUCCCUCAUCCAUUUCACUGUGGAUUAUGACUAACUGCAAACCCUGUGACUAAAUGUAUGCGAGUUGUGCAUUUGACAAGGGCGCGGAAUGAAUCACAAAAGGCAUCCAUGCGGUCCAUGCGGAUCAUUCACGCAACGAUGGUGCGAAGCAAUGGGAAGGGGGACUGUGAAACUUUGUGAAACAUGCUAUGUCAACACGUUCUGACGCACAUGUGAGGACCGGGAAGGAGAUGUGCUUGCAAGCGGCGCAAAUCAGUGGGAGACCGAUGGACGACCAGAUCACUUCCUUUUCUUGGACCUUGGGGUUGAAAUUGACGUGUGUUGUUUAAAGCUGCGCUGCACUGGAACCCACUAUGACCCGAAGAACAUCACUGUAAUGCGUGGUAUGACUGGCAUCGCAGAAGUUGUCAGGGAACACAUCAAGAUGGCAAGCGAGGCUCAACGACCUCCCGAAGCACUUGCAGUAUCUGCUGAUGCUUUGUUGAGCAGAGGGACUUGGGCAGUCAUGAAAAGAGCAAGCUUAAAGUCUGGACCUGAUGGACGCGACAAGCAUGUACAUACACUGCACAUAUCUGGUGGACGAUCCCGUUUUUUGCAGCUGAUAUUCCACGAGUCUUGGUCAUCUACGGGCAACAUUCGCCUUUUGCAGCCGUUGUCCAUUUAUGGGACCAGAGUUCCACUGAAGGAGACCCGAAAAACCCCGCUGGCAAUCAUGUUCAGCGAGAGAGUCUUGCUGGACGAAGCUGAGAUGGAGACCCGGAAGCUCUCGCGGAAGUUCGAGAUCCCUUUGGAUGACACCCACAGUGUUCGCAGAGAGUUCUUACGCUUCGAUGUCGAGAAGCGGGGCUACUUGAGCUACAUAGACUUCAAGAAGGUGGUCAAGGCACUGACAUCGCGACAUGCCUUUUGCCGGGCGGAUGCGUUGUUACAAGAGACUCAUCUACGGGCCCUGUGGAACAUUGUUGACAAAGAUGGAGCGCUGGCAAAGUUUUCCCGGUCCUGCUGUGUUCUGGAUGCUUCACUCUGCCAUGACAUGCUGGCCGUCCUUGCAGUGCUUGCUUCUUGACAAGUGGCAAACCCUUUUUCAGUGUACUUCUUGAUCAUGGCAGGAAGCGGAUGUGUUGAGUUUGA